AUGAAUUCGCAACAAUUACUUUAUUAUCAAACACCAUUAUCAGCAUUAUUACUUCUACCAUAUAUAAUAUAUAUGGAAAAUUUUCCAGUAUAUAAAACAUAUGAAGAACAACAAAUAGCUGUUGUAGCUUCGGCUAUUGUUGAAUUUGUUACGAUUUCAAUUCUUCUUCGUAGUUUUACUUUAUUUGAUGAUUUCCCUAGUUUUAAAGAAUUUAUUGAAAUUUUAUUAACAUUAUCUGGUUUAUUUUCUUAUACAUUUGUACGAAUAGAUGAAGAAAAUCAAAUACUAUGUACUCGAUGUAAUUUAAAUCCAACAACAAAUACUAUUUAA